AUACACUUGGAAAUCCGCUGGUCAAAUAAGAAUCGCAGGGGAAGUUGGCGGAACAUAUCGCCAAGAACGGAGGCUAGCAAAGUCAACAACAUAGGAGCAGAAGAAAACAAAAUACUGGUUUCUGGGAAGACUGGGAAUGGCGGGAGUUCUGAGGCUCACGGGGCUCUGCCUCGGCCUGAGCGUGGUGCUGAUGCUGCUGGACCCCGGAGCCCACACCGCGACUGUUGUGGGGCAUAAGGAGCCCAUUCCAGGAGACAGUAAAGACAACAUCACCAUUUUCACCAGGAUUCUGGACAGACUGCUGGAUGGCUACGACAACCGGCUCAGGCCUGGCCUGGGAGAGAGUGUGACGGAGGUCAGAACCAACAUCUACGUCACCAGCUUCGGGCCAGUGUCGGACACAGACAUGGAGUACACGAUCGACGUGUUCUUCCGCCAGAGCUGGAGAGAUGAGCGGCUGAAGUUUGACGGGCCCAUGCACGUCCUCCCGCUCAACAACCUGCUGGCCAGCAAGAUCUGGACCCCUGACACCUUCUUCCACAACGGGAAGAAGUCCGUCGCCCACAACAUGACCACUCCCAACAAACUCCUGCGUCUGGUGGACAACGGCACCCUGCUAUACACCAUGAGGCUGACCAUCCACGCUGAGUGCCCCAUGCACCUGGAGGACUUCCCCAUGGACGCCCACGCCUGUCCGCUGAAGUUCGGGAGCUACGCCUACACCAACGACGAGGUGGUGUACCUGUGGACCAAGGGGCAGAACAUGUCCGUCGCGGUGGCAGAAGACGGCUCCCGGCUCAACCAGUACGACCUGCUGGGGCACGUUACUGGGAAAGAGACCAUCAGCUCCAGCACAGGAGAGUACAUUGUCAUGACGACGUACUUCCAUUUGAAGAGGAAGAUCGGUUAUUUUGUGAUCCAGACGUAUCUGCCGUGCAUCAUGACGGUGAUCCUGUCCCAGGUGUCCUUCUGGCUCAACCGGGAGUCCGUUCCCGCCCGCACCGUCUUCGGGGUCACUACAGUUCUGACCAUGACCACCCUGAGCAUCAGCGCCCGUAACUCCCUGCCGAAGGUGGCCUACGCCACGGCCAUGGACUGGUUCAUGGCCGUCUGCUACGCCUUCGUCUUCUCGGCCCUCAUCGAAUUCGCCACCGUCAACUACUUCACCAAACGCAGCUGGGCCUGGGAUGGCAAGAGGGAGGGCCAGGUCAUCAGGGUGAGCACGGAAUCGACAUCACUGUCCAAAAAGGCCAACAAUACGUUCAACAUCGUGGGCACGACCUACGCCAUCAACGUAGCCAAAGACCAGGGUCUGACCACCAUCGCCAAGAGUGCCACCUCGCCGGCGGCCCCGGUCAAGCUCUCCCGCAUGGAGGAGCAGUUCAUGGAGGGCAAGAAGUCGUACAACCGCGUCAGUCGAGUGGAUCAGAUCUCCCGCAUCAUCUUCCCCGUGCUCUUCUUCAUCUUCAACCUCGUCUACUGGGCCACGUAUGUCAACAGGAAGCAUGCCCUGAAGGGCAUUAUUAGAAAACAAUGAGAGAGAUUAUUAUAAAUCAAUUGGAGAGAUUAUUAUACAUCAGUGAACCCUACAAGCUGUCUGAAUACAGCAUAGCACAAUGACGAUAACUCAUGUAAAUUUGUCGGUUAUCAUAAAUAAGGUAAUUGUUGAAAUUUGGGGAGGUCAGAGUAUGUGAGGGAUUGGAGUCUGGGGCCCCCUGCCAGAAUUGUAUGAUUUCAUAAGCUUAGUUUUACACUUUUCCACAAUGUACUUGUGAAUUAUGACAAGUGUCAAUAUAAAUUUCAGAAUUUUCCAAACAGUGAAGUUUGUUUGGUUAGCAUGAUAACACUAACGUGGGUUCAGUCAACUAAAUUAUGCUCAGACAAAAUGUUUUUCGACAAAUUAUUUACUAAUAAUUUACAAAUUGGAGAUUCAAAUAAACCGAACAGUUUCAAACGAAAUGGGUAGUACUUGACGGACGUGCAAGGACACUAAAAAUGAUGAGCCCUAAUAUAGGCCCAUGUGGGACACCGCAGUGUACGUUUCUUUAUAUGUGUUCUCUGUUACACAAAUAAUGUUCAAAACAUUUCUAUACACAAUCUCUGAAGCUAUAACAUGAUCAUUUAUGAAACGAAAUGUCAUGCAUGACCAUAUCAAAUGCUUUAGAUAAAUCUAUAAAACAGUCCAGCCGAAGGGUGUUUCAAUAUUAUCCAAAACAGAUAUAAUGCAACCGAAGAAAAAGUAAACCUUUACUUUAAUAUUAUUAUAAAAUGAUAUAUUUUUAAAAAGUACAGAUUCCUCCAAAAUCUUAAGAAUGGAGUACUUGUAAUGUGGCAUUCCCGAUGGCAUUCCCUACCACAGAGUGUAUUUAUUAAAUUCCUCCAUCUCCCACGCAGUCAUAGACAGGGUACUGUAUAUAAACUAGGAUAUACAGUAUGCAUGCACGAAGUGCAUUACAAUUGCUUGCUUUGAAUUACACAUUUUUAAAUGAUCUGUUGUUGUUUUUGAAGUUUGGUUACUUGUUCUGCAUUUGAUGUAAUACAACUGACCCAAGAUCUAAGAAACCCAGUUUAAUUUAACACAUUUCCGCACAGUGGUCCACUUUCUGGAUUCACAGACUUUCAUCUUUCACUUGAGUAAAACUGCCUACAGGAUCAUCGACAUUCCCACACUGUCCCACAUCCUUAAUUUUGGAAUUAAGAGUUGGAAUUUUGAGUGUGAAACUGAUCUAUUGCCAGCAUUUCUGAGAUUAUUUGAUUGUUGUGUUUUUAAGACAAUUAAUCCCUGGGGUGUCGUUUUUGUAAUAACCACUUUGUAUUGCUGUGUACAACUGUAAUGUUAUAAAGGUGAUAUACUGUCAGAAAUCCAGUUGCUCUUGCUGAACUCCUUCAGUGAAGUGUACUCUCUUUCUGUUGCAAGGGUUGGUUUGUGAGGGUAAUCGCAGUAUGAAAUGUUGUUUUCCCUCCCAUGUGUCAGAGUUUUGCUAUUCUUUCUGUUAAAUAAAGAUGCAGUACUUUCA